AUGUCUCAAGGAAUAGAAAAAAUAAAGUAUUGUCCGGCAGGUCAUUCUUCUGAGGAUUUCUCUCGUUCUGAUCAUCGGAAUUUCAUUCGUUUUGAUGGAAUAUGCUCAUUAUGUUCUAAUGAACAUUAUAUCCAAGAAUUUAAAACUUGGUCUAGUGGGAAUGUUAACAUUGAUAAAAUUAUCCAAGAAUCUCAAAUAAAUGACAUUAAUAAUAAUAGGUUACAUUGGAUAUCUUAUGAUAAUUUUAAAAAUAUUGAACAUAUAGCAAAUGGUGGUCAUGGAUCUGUGUAUUCUGCCAAAUUAGAAAAUGGAAUAAAAUGGAAUUGGAAUUUUAUUAAACAGGAUUGGGAAUAUUAUUUAUUAGGUAGCAAAGUUGCUUUGAAAGAAAUAAAAGAUUCUAUAUUUAAUAUAGUCGAAUUUCUUAAAGUGAUGAAGAUUGCUAAUGAACAUAAAUAUGGAUCUAUUACUAAAUAUUAUGGAAUUUCAAAAAAUCCUUCUACACAAAAUUACAUUAUUAUUAUGGAUUUAUUUGAUGGACUUUAUGGUAAUGUAGUGGAUGAUAAUGUUACGCGACAACUUAAAAUUGCUGAUGAAAAUCAAAAAAACACAUCAAAAUCUCGAAAACAAGAAUUAUUAGAAUUAUUUUCACAUUCAAAUAAGUUACAUCCACAAUCAUGUUAUAUUAGUCGAUAUAUUCAUACUCUUCAUGGAUUAUAUGAUUUAUUGGAAGAAAUAAAAUCCGGAAAAUCUUCAGAAUUAUUGAAACCUAUUGAAGAGGAAUAG